UUAGUUUCAAUAUGGCGUCCAUAGCGGGAAUCCUGUUCGUGUCGCGGUGGUGUUUUUUCUCGUUAUUUUUCGAAAUAUAAAUCAUAUUCGAAAGCGCGAGUGCACAAACGAUCGGUUUUUAAAACGGUAAUUCAUGUGAUGUUCUACGUGGCAAACUAGUUCGAUUCUAAAUGACUCGUUUCUUCUUCCUGUUCGUAUGCCGCGAGGAGUGGGGACGACGCGAUGGAAGGGAAAGCACUAGUAGUUCUCGAGUCGAGUGUCUCUGGAAGUAAGCGCUUGCCCGUGAGCCUGUACGGUAGUUCGAUUGGUGCGGUAAAUUUAUUAUUCGACUUUUUUUCUUCCCGUUCGAUCGUUGAAACGCGAAAAUAAGAGAUCGAGUUCGAUUCGAUGUGUGGUGCGGGGAUUCAUGUUCAUGGCGUAGUUCAAAAAUUCGCGACGCUUUCGUGAGAACGGUUAACACGACGGCGUGCUAGUGUCGUUGACGUUUCGUGUGUCAGUGUCCUCUCUCUUUGUUCCUCUCUCUCUUACGCUUGCCCUUUCUCGAUUCGGUCUUUUUCUAUCUCGUCCCUUCUAUACACGUUAACCAUUGUAUCACAAGUCGCGUCGUUGCUGCAAUGUCAGAUGACAGGUGUGAGGCGCUAUCAUUAGUGUAUAUUAACGAGUCCUUCGAGUGUCCUGCGAAUUUAGGAUAUGCUGCAGAAUGACGAGUGCAAGGUUGUUCUAUCGGAAGGGCGGCGAAGAGGACCGAAGACGACGACCACGACGACGAUCUCGAAUUCCCUCGCGCUAGCGGUGGGCUAUGAGCGCUGACAAUGGGGACGACUCCUUGGCAGAAUCGAAGUAACGGAAGAAGGGGAAGUUCCGCGGACAUUCACACGUGGAUGCUGUGGCCUGUGUUGGGGGAUGACGGGCUGAGCCCAACGUCGCCCCCGGCGUCGGCCAGUGUCAAGGGGGUGAACAAACUGGCGCCCCUGCUGCUCUGCGCCCCCUGCAAGCCCACCAGUCACAGGAAGAACCAGAAUUCCACCCAGUGGUACGUGCAGCAGCCCACGUGGCGUUUAUGGGGCGAGGAAAGGGGCGAUGGCGUCAUAUACACGGUGUACCUGAAGAAGGUCCGAUAUCACAGGCCGACCAGGAGCCUCUCCGCAUCGGAUUCGGACGACGAGAUCUCGCAUUUGGAAUGGGAGACGGUGAGGGUGCGUUUCCUGAAAGCCGGCACGGUUCAGCGGCUGGUGGAGAGUCUGGCGAACGACGACGGGGAACUCGAGUCGACGUAUAUCAAUGUCUUCUUGGCUACGUAUCGAGCAUUCACCACGCCGCGGGAAGUGCUGGAGCUAUUGUUGUCGAGGUACGAUGCCCUCGAUGAAGGAUCCGGCGCCCUGACCGGUGAACAACAUCGAAAGACUCUGGUUCAGGCGCUUCACGUCUGGUUGGACGCCUAUCCUGGCGACUGGAAGUCGCCGCCGAACCACCCCUUGCUCAGCCGAGUCCUCGACUUCACGCAUCGACGACUUCCUGGCUCGGAGCUCGAGCUCAAGGCAAGGCAUCGUUUGCACAGGUUUCAACGUGAAGAUCAAAUAGAUUCGUGCAUAGUGUACGACAAUGGUCGAUUAGCACGUGGUUCCCCGGAUCCAAUCGUGGAUCAUUGGGCGAGCUACAAUUUCCCCGAGGUUCCGCACCGACAUUUCGCUGAGCAGUUAACCAGAAUGGACGCCGAGGUGUUCAAGAAGCUCGUGGCCCACCAAUGUUUGGGCGCUGUCUGGUCGAGGAGGGAUCGUUCGAGGAGCCAUGACGCGGCCACCGUAUUGGCGACCGUGAACCAAUUCAACGCCGUUUCGCUUCGGGUUAUAUCCACGAUACUGAUGGACUCGUCGACCAAGGCUCAAGAACGGGCGAGGAUCCUCGAGACGUGGAUCGACAUCGCUCAAGAGUUACGGGUGUUGAAGAAUUUCAGCAGCCUGAAGGCCAUCGUGUCCGGUCUGCAGAGCAACCCUGUGUACAGGUUGGAGAAGUGUUGGCAGUGCAUGCCCAGGGAGAAGCACGAGUUGUUCAGAGAGUUGGAGAGAAUAUUCUCGGAGGAGAACAACGCGUGGACGCAGCGAGAGCUUUUGAUUAAAGAGGGCACUGCCAAGUUCGCUGACACAGCGGGCAGGAGCGACAGGCAUCUGCAAAAGUUGUAAAAGCAAAAUACUCACGCGGGCAAUAUCAGCUAUGGGACGAUACCGUAUCUAGGGACGUUCUUAACGGAUCUCACCAUGAUAGACACCGCGAUACCGGAUACGAUAGCCGAGGGUUUGAUCAACUUCGACAAAAGGCGGAAAGAGUUCGAGGUCCUCGCCAGGAUAAGAUUGCUCCAAGGCGCCGCGAACGCGUACAAUUUCAGCACGGAUCCGUUGUUCGAUCGUUGGUUCCACUCGGUGGUGGUGCUCGACGAUCGAGAAGCGUACAAACUGAGCUGCCAGAUCGAGCCCCCGCCUCCCGGAAACACUCUGAGCAAUCGUGGCAAGAAGAAGCAGAGUCAUCAGGGUCAUCGUAAAAACGACUCGAUAGCCUCUACCUCGAGCUCGAGCAGCUCCCAGUUUUAUUGCGACCUGGACUCCUUGCCGAGCUCGCCCCACAACUCUCUCGAUCGACGCACCUCGCCGUCCCAGAUGUCCAGCUCUUCCUCCAGCUCGUCGCUACCGUCCUUGGACGUGUCGUUGAGCUCUGGCGGAGGGAGCGGAGCGGCGACGAGUCAACAGAACCGAUUAGCACCGCCGACCGCGAUCAACGGGAACGGGAACCCGAAUAUCGUUGGCCUGUCCAGCCCGAGCCAUUCGCACAAGAGCUCGCCAGACUUUUACAUCAUCAAAGUGACGAUGGAGAGCGACAACGUGGAGACCGAGGGCGUGGUGCUCUACAAAUCCAUCAUGCUCUCGAACAACGAGAGGACGCCGCAAGUGAUACGAAACGCUAUGCUCAAGUUGGGGAUAGAGGGGAGCCCGGACCAGUACACCCUUGCCCAGGUCCUCCCCGAUCGUGAAAUGCUUCUGCCAAAUUCGGCCAACGUUUAUUACGCCGUGAACACCGCGCACAAUCUCAACUUCAUUCUACGACCUAGAAGAGAGCCUAACGACAGCGCCACGGAAAGCCCUAAGAGCAAGACGAGUCACAAGCGGUAGUGUUGAAUGUGUCAAGAGGUUAGGAUAUUUCACGAUUAUUCGUAAUAUUGAUUCGUAAAAUAUACUUCACCGUGUCGUUCGCGUUGGGCGGAAGCGAAUAUAAAUAUGUCAGUCUCGAAUAUUUACUCUUCGUGAUUUUUAUUUAUUCUUCGUGCGCUCUCUUCCCUUUCAAGAAGGAAGGAAAGAAAGAAAGAAAGAAAGAAAGAAAGAAUCUCGUUAGGUUUUCUUUUUUUUUUUCUUACGUUUUAUCCAUGACAGUCCGUUAACAAUAAUGCCCGAUAAUGUUAUAUGUCGCGAUCACUUUUUCUUUUUCCUACGUGAUAAUUACAACACAAUAACAACGCGUUAACAACAGCGAAUUGUUGUCGAAUUGGAUCACCGUGUUCUCGAUUAGUUGUCUUUCUCAUAAAUUUUUAUUUCCGUGUCUCAUCGUCAUUCGUUUGUCAUAAUACACAACACGUUAUCCGCCCGCACGGUACUCGAAUAUUAGUGUUAUUUGCGCGGUUCACGAAUUAAUGUAGUUCUAGGCUAGCUAUAUUUAGCGUGAAUCAUUUAGAUUUCUGGUUCUGUCACGCGAAACAGAAAGAAAGACAAAAGAAGCAGUUAGUUGGAAGAAGUAGGUGCGCGUAUCGUAGCAUUCGUGUGUAGUCACGUAAUAAUUUAUACAAGAGAUCCUUGCGGAUUAACACGAGAGAUUAAGCCGAAUAAAAUUGUGUGACGACGGUGUAACGAAUAUAUCCGCGAGAGGAACAUUGUGAUUUUGUACAUAAUUUUAGUUUCGUAGUGUGGCUUCGAACAUGGUCGAUCGGCCGUAAGAAUCAAGUGGACCCAAUGAAACAAUUGUCAAUUAUUAAUUUUUUCGCGAUUGGAGGAAAAGAGAAAAAGAAAAGGGGAGGAAAAGAAAAAAAUAAGAAAAAAAAAGAAAAAAAGAAAAAUGAAAGAAAGAAAAAAGGAAAAAGAAAAUAGGCGUAAAAUUGUUCAAACAAAACCAUUCGUCCAUUCCGUGAUUCAUCAUCAUCAAUUUCUCUUGCCCCGCGAUGAUGCGAGGAACAGAAAAAAGAAAAAAAGAAAUUAAAUUCUGUGAUAUUGGAAUUUCUCGUUUCGGCUUUGGAAAUUAAUCGUACGAAGCAAAUAAUAGAAACCGAAAUCGAGUAUAUCGCCGGUCAAAUGCGGAUGAAAAAUCGAAUACUCGUUUCCGAUAUCGAAGCUAGAACACAUUAGAGCGUACUGUGUGAACGUACUUUGAUAUAUUUUUACAAAAAAAAAAAAAACCUAGCAUGCAUUCGUAAUAGGACAAGAGAGAGAGAGAGAGAGAAGUACAGAGAAAAAGGAAGAACGAUAUAAGAGGCAAGGUUUAAGCAUAUCGACAUUGCAAAUGAACAACACGUGGAGAAUGUGUUCGAUCAUUUAGCUUAGGCAAUUUUGUACUUACCUCUUAUCGAUCCCAAUUUCCAAGGAACGUCUCUAAGCUAGCUAUAACUCUGUUCGUAUACGCGUCAAUUCUUUAUUGAAAUUCGCGCAAAUUAUGUGUAACGCGACUCGAUAAAAGUGAGAAUAGAUGGGCCUACAAAUUUUA